CAGCUGAUAUCGGUCACAUGUGGCUCCCAUGGAUUGAAUCUGACCGCCGCGAACCGGGCCAUUGUCUAUGACCACUCGUGGCACGAGGGCUUGGAGCCCCAGGCUUCUGGACGCGUCCGCCGCAUUGGCCAGACUAAGCAGGUACACACGGUGGAGCCCAUUGUCACGAAGUUCAUGGACGAAGCCAUCCUGACGAUGCAGGACACAAAGGGGGAGACCAUCGCAGCGGCCAUUGGAGAUGGA